ACAUACAGAAGGAGGAAUAAACAGAGCAUUAAACAAAUACACAUUCAAAAAGAAAGGCACCUAUCAUAGGGCAAUUGUUUUCGACGCUGGAGUUCCAGGCUAUAAGCAAUACUAUUUUUGCUUGAGAGAAGCUAUAGUAUUAUGUCCCAAAAAUGUUUCUAACGAGCACUAUGCCACCCAGACUCGGAGGGACCCCAGCGCAGGCAAACAUAUUUGGUGAUACAUAUGCAGCAUCAUGAGCAUAUUUGUGACACAGGGUCGGACUGGGCCGUGGAGAAAAAACCUGGUGGACACCGGCUCUCAUGGAUCCCGCCGACUCCCAGCACUGCAGCUCUCCCUACCUGGCUCAGUCGCAACCCUGAUCUCCCUUCCUAGCCCAAGUAGCUACUGCACAAAGGAAAUGGUUGUGCCUUACUAGCCUUCAGAAUGGAGAACGCCGAUUGGCUGCUUUCGCCUGCCCUUCACAAAGUCUAACACUGACUGGUUUCCGUGGCAGAGAGUGAGUAAGAGGCGGAUGGCUGGGACUGAUCCAUGGCGGAAGGUUAAGACAUGGAUGACUUGAACCUUCACUACCGAUUCCUGAAUUGGAGGCGACGAAUUCGUGAAAUUCGUGAGGUGCGAGCUGUACGCUACCAAGAGAGGACCAAGCACAUUGCUGUUGACGGGGAUACCCUCAGUUACCACGGGAAUUCAGGGGAGGUUGGCUGCUACGUCGCUCCACGCCCUCUCAGCAAAGAUAACCAUUACUUUGAGGUGUCUAUUGUAGACCGUGGUGUUCGUGGGACUAUAGCUGUGGGCUUAGUGCCACAAUAUUACAGCCUGGACCACCAGCCAGGAUGGUUGCCAGACUCUGUAGCAUACCACGCGGAUGAUGGCAAGCUAUACAGUGGGCGGACAAAGGGGAGACAAUUUGGAACCAAGUGCAGUUCUGGCGACAAAAUCGGCUGUGGUAUCGAGCCCAGUUCCUUCCACGUACAGACUGCUCAAAUAUUCUUCACUAAAAAUGGAAAGCGGGUCGGCAGCACUGUGAUGCCUUUGUCCCCAGAUGGUCUGUUCCCAGCAGUUGGGAUGCACUCGCUUGGUGAGGAAGUGCGGCUUCAUCUGAAUGCAGAGCUUGGUAGUGAGGAGGAUGACAGCAUAAUGAUGGUGGACAGCUAUGAGGAUGAAUGGGGAAGGCUACAUGAUGUGAGAGUGUCUGGCACACUCCUGGAAUAUGUGGGAAAUGGUAAAAGCAUCAUUGAUGUGGGCUUGGCACAAGCCCGCCGCCGUCUCAGCACUCGUAGCCAUUACUUUGAAGUGGAGAUUGUUGACCCUGGGGAAAAAUGUUACAUAGCACUUGGCCUGGCCAGAAAGGAUUACCCCAAAAACAGGCAUCCAGGUUGGAGCCGUGGUUCUGUUGCUUAUCAUGCAGAUGAUGGGAAGAUAUUUCAUGGCAGUGGUGUAGGAGAUCCCUUUGGGCCUCGCUGCUACAAGGGAGACAUUAUGGGCUGUGGAAUCAUGUUUCCCCGGGAUUAUAUACUUGAUAGUGAAGGAGAGAGUGAUGACAGCUGUGACAUGAAGGAGAUGAGGCAUCCGCCACGAGGAGUAAGGAAUGUAAUGUAUCUGCAACGAGAGCAGCAACAGGAGGAGGAUUGGGAGGAAGAGGAGGAAGAAGAAGAGGAAAUUGACAGAGAGCAUGAAGGCAAAAAAGUAAUGGUUUUCUUCACAAGGAAUGGAAAAAUAAUUGGAAAAAAGGAAUCGGUGCUGCCUCAUGGCGGCUUCUACCCAACAAUAGGAAUGCUGAGCAGUGGGGAGAAAGUGAAAGUCGACCUUCAUCCCUUGAGUGGGUGAAGUUACACUGGAGUGUAUUGGCACACUCAUCCUUUGGCCAUGCUUCUCAUACAACUCCCUGGUCAUGCACGAUUUGCACGUGGGCUUGUGAUAGUGCUUUUUUUUCGUGUUUGGAAGCCUAUCAUUUCCCCUUUAUUUGUGAGUGCCGGUUCAGUUUGGCUCCAUGCCUGUAAAUUCUGGCAGAACAGGAAACAAGUGAGCAUUGAUGGUAAACUGGGUAGUUCUAGAGCUUCCUAUUCAAGUUCAUGGUGUGAUCGACCAUCGUUCCUCCUUAGAAACGGAACCCAGACCAAGGUCACGCGUUUAUGGAGUCAUUUAUUUCAUUCUGGGCUGCACCAGCUUCCCUGUUGUACUGCUGUGUGUGUAUAGAUAUUUGUGGCUGGGAAUGUUUAGCACCUAAAUUACCAAGGUGCAUAUAAAUGAUUCUCUAAAGAUGGCAGUCUAUCAUAACAUUUGCCUGCUCACAUGGUUAAUUAGUUCAACUGUUUCUAUUCGUUCAAGGGCCAUAUGAACAGAUUACAAGUUAAACAGGAGGAAGGUUCAUGUCAAUUCUGGGCAGGCCAUUGGCCUUAUAUGUGACAGUUGUAGGCACCGGCAAAUGCGACUUUCGUCCUAGAUGGACCAAAUGCAAUCUGAUGUGUUAGGUGGGUGGUUUAUUGAAACUGCAGCCCCCAAGAAGAGGAAUGGUCAGGGUUUUUGACUAGAAAUUGGCAAGUUUUCCUUCUAUAUGAAGGUGUAUGGUGAGCUUUUAAGAGAAACAAUUUAGCUAUUCAGUAGUUUUCCCAAAAGUGGCAGUUUUUGUUUGUCUAUAUUACUCACAUGCCACCAAGAAUAACAAUGCGUGUUCCCGGGUGACCAACGACAAUCUGAUUUUUGCAUCUUGGUUAAUCCUAGUCUUGUGCUGAGCCAAGAAACAGCGACACCUCCCUGUUCCAUUCUCUUAAUAGUUGUAUCGCUGCUGAGAUAGGACCAGCGCUGUUGUACAGUAAGUCAGUAGAGGCCACGCGUGGCACUUCCAUUUGUUAUGGACCUGGAGUUGUAGUUCACAACCGCUUAAGAGGGUCACAGGAUGUUAGUCAAAGGGACACAAUGUUUAUUUUUGUUUAAUAAUGUUACCCCUCCAUGCGUCUCUGUCCUGUUCCCUUGAUUUGACCAAGAAUAAUGAAUGUGUGUGUGUAAUUCUUACAGCAGAGAUCUGGGCUGAGCCCCUGUUCUCUUCUUGAGGACUUUCCAAGGAUCACUACCUCUUUUCUCAGUGCUGCUACUCUCUCCUACACCCUAAUAGGAUGUUGCCUGCCCUUACGCCACUAUUGGGCACUCAUAGGUCUGGAUUGCUUUAGGAGUAUGCUUUUUUGGCAACAAAGUAAAAACCAAAGACGCUGAAUCAUUUUUUUCUUCUAUUUGAUGUUGGGUUGUAUGCAGGAUUAGUUAAAGUGAACAAAGAACGUAUAUUUUUAUUUCAACAUCAAGGGUUUAGACAUUUUUUUUUUUAUAUACAAUGCCCUGUAUGUGUUUUUAUUUUGCUCGUCUUAUACUUUUUCAUGUCCAGUAGCUGAACCACAGCUCUCAACAUCUCCUGCCAGCCGAAGCGCUAAUGCUUGGCUGUGCCGUAACUACCGGGAUCCCAGGUUUCUUUUUCUCGUAGUGUCUAAUUGUUUCCUACAGAUGGCAGCAUCUGUAUAGGAUAAAGCAGCAUUCCAUUUGCAUUCUAAUAGAAGUGUAGUCGCAGCUGACGGUUUAUAAAAUGAAAUGUCCCGUUUGACGUAUUCAGUUUGGGAAUCCGUGCUUAUUAUAUUAUACAAGGGAAGUGCAUUGGUUUAAUUACCUCUACAACCCCUAACUAGUGUCAGUUUGCCUAGACACAAAGGGGACAAUGCAAAAAUAGUAACCCCGCAAGAACCAAUCAGCACGGUGCAUUUAGAGGUAAAUAUCUGAUUGGUUAGUACGGGUACCUGAUACAUCAGUAUGUGAUGCUUUUAUGUAUUUUUUUGAUUGUGUACUUUUAGCCCAGUUUAUUACCAAAGCCAUAGGUUUGCUUGGGGAGAUCCAUAGAGAACAUCCCAUUGGUCAUAUACACAUGGGAACUUGGGGAUUUAAUCCUACAGCCCAUAAUCAUGUGUGUGUCCCUUAGAUCUGAAGUCUUCUUUCUGUUUAGGAUCUCCCCGCUUAAUGUCCUUGUAUAUCAGAUGGUGCCUCUUUAUUAUGUUCGGUCCAUACGCACAGCUUGUGAGACGCAACUGGCGUGAGCAUUUUUAUUUUUCGAAACUCAAAUUGAGCAACAAAUGCACUUAUAAAAUUGACAAUAUUUUUAAAAUGUUAUUAAUGUUUAAUACAGCGCAUUGCUAUAAUGUGUACUGAAUGGAAGCCUGGAAAGCCAUAGUUUGCAGAUUAAACUUCUAUUAAAAUGCUCCAGGUAUGAAAGUAUUUCUCUGGCAUAAGAAAAGCAGCAAAUUGCUUGGUGUGUGCCCAAAUAUAUUUAUUAUGUGAUGAGAGGUGAAUAGGAGCAUCAUACAAGGGAAUUCACAGUAGUCUUGUUUCAUUUUCCCUUCUAAUCUUCCUCUUGGUUACAGCCACAAGCCUUUAUGCACCAGCCCUGGUGAGAAUGAAAUUGGAGGGGACUCCUAGAAGUAGCAACAUUUUCCAGGGGAUGAGCCAAUGAUCUGUUAUAGCCGUAUGUCUCAAGGGAGAUGUGAGCUCUGAGCCGGGCCAGUGGAAUAAUAACAUUCUGGGCCUAGGGGGUCGGAAGCUUUAAUGUAAGAAAAACUGGAGUAACCUGUCACUUGAUAUCUCGAGCUCUUCAGGGAGAAACCUAUGAAUAGUUGCCUCUGCAGUAUGUUCACAGUGUAGGAGUAGGAAAUAUUUGUCCAAAUUGUAUCAACUCUCUUUGGACAAAUGGUUGUGCAUUUAGAGCUUAUCUAUUGCAAGUGUCCUUGUUCUGUAGCUGUUCUCUGUGUUCUGGGGACAUAGGCCAGGCCCAUGGGCUGCUGGGAAAAUAGACCUACCAGUCACGGUAUCAGUCCCGGUGGGACUGAUCAGCAGGCAGUGGCCCCUUAGUGUCGACCACUACCCUAUCUUUAAAGGUACCGUAACACCAAGAAAUGAAAGUGUUUUAAAGUCAUGAAAAUAUCAUGUAAUGUUGCCCUGCACUGGUAAAACUGGUGUGUUUGCUUCAGAAAGACUACUAUAGUUUAUAAAGACAAGCAGCUGUGUAGCAAUGGGGGCAGCCAUUCAAGCACAGGAUACUCAGUAGAUAACAGAUAACUGCUGAAGAAUUCCAUUGUAAACUACAGAGCUUAUCUGUUAUCUGCUGUGUAUCCUGUGCCUUUUCAGCUUUGAAUGGUUACACAGCAGCUUGUUUAUAUAAACUAUAAUAAUGUUUCUGAAGCAACCACAGCAGUUGUACCAGUGCAGGACAAUAGUACAUUACAUGUUCAUUACUUUAAAACACUUUUUGUUUUGUUUUUUGGUGUUACUGUUCCUUUAACUGUCUUGGAGUCCUGAGAGAUGAAGUUCAGAGGCAACUGGUGCACCGUAGCUUGGACAUUUGUGCCUAGAACAGAUUCUCUAGUGUUCACUUGUGUUCUGCACAUUCUGUUACAUGUUAUUUAUUAAACAGUUGGGAGAAGGUUCAUGGGAGCAAAUCUGAACUGAAAGCCUUUGUACAACACUAAGCUUGAUAAACGCACACGUGAAAUCUUGUUUCCUUUCUCUCAGCUGCUGCUUCCACCACCCAUUCCCUUCCAUAAGCCUCUGGCCACGUUGGUCAUACACCGAUUCCACCGACUUGCACUAGAACAUACUCUGAUGUCUGUACAUAAUCGAUAUACGUUUAUUUACAUAUAUUAAAGUCACAGAUCUCUAUUUAA